AUGGGCUUUAUAACCAACCUUUCAAUUCCAACACGACGUUGGUUGCAGAAGGAUCAUGGGAUGGAAAGAAGAACCGGCUGCAUCGUUGCUUGCCGGAUCUUGAAUUCCUCUGAUUCUUUGGGAAAUGCUCGUGUUGGGGAUUGUUCAACUAGGUUGAGCUUGAGAUACCCUGCAGUCUGGUCAAUCAAACAAAGGGGUAUUGUUGGGCAAAUUUGGAGUAACAGAACUGCGAAUGAUUCUGUCUACUUCCAUAGGAUCAGUUUUGGAGGCUUUUCCCAUCACAUGUUGGGUGUUCCUGGUUUGGGGUAUGAUUACACUGAAAUGGAUAGAGUAAAAAAGUUAUGUCCAGUAAAGAAGCCUUUUGAAAACAAAGGGCUGAGAUACCCAAUUGCAGAUUCUUAUGAUAUGAGAUUCCACAUGUCGGUAAAAGAUUCAAAAGGAAGAAGUUCUUGGGGUUCUGCAGACCCCAUCUCUGUGGGUGAUCAGUUUUAUGAGCAUGGGAAUGUUAUUUUCGGUUCAAGCUCUAUGGCUGACGAAAGCUCUGCAUUUGAGGCAGAAGCCAACUAUAUUAGACCAUCAAAUAUCAGCUAUAACAUAAUGUUUUAUCCGUUUGCUGGUGAAAUACAUGAUCCGAGUACUGAUGGUGAAGUGGAAAUUUCUGGUGAGGGGAUCUAUGAUGAGCAAACAGGACACCUCUGUAUGGUCGGCUGUAAAAAGCUGGGUUCAUACAUUCAGGAGUCCACAAAUGAUCCUAUGGACUGUGAAAUUCUUUUGAAAUGCCAGUUCCCUCCACUUAAUUCAAAGAAGGGAGAUGUUAUUAAGGGAAGCAUUGAAAGCACAAGGAAACAUUCCGAUCCUCUGUUCUUUGAACAUUUGAACUUCUCUGCAACAGCUUACUAUACUAGUGAAGCUAGACGAUCCAUCUGGAGGAUGGAUUUGGAGAUCAUAAUGGCUUUAAUCUCUAACACACUCGCAUGUGUCUUUGUGGGGUUGCAAAUCUUUUAUGUCAAAAAGCGCCCUAAUGUGCUUCCCUUUACUUCACUUGUCAUGCUUGUGAUCCUUACUUUGGGGUACAAGAUUCCUCUUCUGCUCAACUUUGAAGCCCUCUUCUUCAAAAUUCAUAAUCGGCAAAAUAUGUUUCUUAGGACCGGUGUAUGGCUUGAAGUGGAUGAGGUGACCGUGAGGAUAAUUACAAUGGUGGCUUUCCUACUGCAAUUCUGUCUUCUCCCGCUAGCAUGGUCUGCACGAUUAGGUGAUGGAAACCAAAAGGGCCUGUGGGUUGCUGAAAUGAAGUCACUAUUUGCGACUCUAGCAUUCUACAUUUCAGGGGCACUUAUGGUGUUGUUCGUGAAUUGGAUGAAGAACAAAAAUGGCAACACAACGGUGUCUUCUCACGUUGCUGUUUACCAACAACAUAACCUCUGGGGAGAUUUGAGAUCUUAUGGUGGUUUGGUCAUUGAUGGUUUUCUGUUCCCUCAAAUCCUUCUCAACAUUUUCCAAAUGUCAAGAGAAAAUGCUCUCUCCCGUUCAUUUUACAUUGGCACUACCUUUGUUCGAUUGCUGCCGCAUGCAUAUGAUCUUUACAGGGCUCACUUCGUUCCUCAGCAUUUUGACGGGUCAUACAUUUACGCGAAUCCUACUGCAGAUUUCUAUUCCUCUGCUUGGGAUGUGAUCAUCCCUUGUGGGGGUAUGUUCUUUGCAGUGAUCAUCUUCUUGCAGCAGCGAUUUGGGGGUCGUUGUAUCCUUCCUCGGAGAUUCAGGGAAUCAGAAUUGUAUGAGAAGGUUCCUGUAGUCAGCAAUGGGUAA